AUGCCUGCUUCAUCCUUCAAAUUAAAAGAGGAGCCUUGUGAAGAUUGGGAAGACCUGGAUUACGAUAUCGAUCCUUCUCCACCCUCUCACACGGCUGAUGAAGAAGCUACUACUACGAUAUCGCAAUCAACUAAUACCGCAGGUUCAUCCGAUGCUUCUACGCGUGCUACUUCGAAUUCAUUACUCUGGACCUGCGCAAACAAGAAUCCUCAAUAUGUGAUCAUACCUUCUAACUCAUCGGCUCCAAAUCCAGUCUCAAGUCUUUCUCAGCGACCUCUGCCACAGAACGCAAUUUUUGGAACACCAUCCCUUACUAUUUUGAAGAGAUCCGGUGAUUCUUCUACUGCUGCCAAUCGCUCUGUAUCUCCUGUGGUACCUCCUGUAGCUGAUAUUAAACAAAGAGAGAAAGCAUACUUGGAAGCAAGGGAAAGGAUAUUCAGUCAAACUCCUUCAGAGCCAGAUCCACUCAAACGACCAAAUCUGAAGGCCAAGCAUUCCAGUGUAACGUCGUCAAUAGAAUCUCAAUCUGAUGAACAAGUCAGUGUCGAACGUCAACCCAAAGGUCCUAGUGGAAGUGAUGCGAAAGGGUUCAAAAACCGUACUCGAGCAGAACUUCAGUAG